CCUCUCCCCACCAAACCAUGAGUCUCGAUGUCCUCCCAAACGAAGUCCUCUGUCUCCUCCCCCUCUACAUCGACAACAUCGAAACCUUCACCAACGCAGCAGCAUCAUGUCGUAGACUGCGCGACUGCCUAUAUACCGCACACCCCAACACCAUCCUCCGCUUGGCAGCAGCCUCCGCACCCACCUUCUUCUCCCCGCACCCCCACUUCCUCAUCGCCCUCACAGCCAGACAAGCUAGCGACUGGGCCCUGGGCAACGAAACCCGCACCCACGAACUCCGCCGCGCCCUCCAAGGCGGAAUCGACACUCUCUACACCUUCUGCCUCAACCAUGCGGGCCUAACUCUCUCCACAAUCCGUACCACCCACUUAUCCCGCUUCACCACCAUCAACCCCCUCUCCGACAAAAUCGACAAAAUGGCCGGAAAACAAUGGUACGCCACGCCCGACUUCUGGGACGGUGGCGUGUCGGAACCCUACACAAUCGACACGGAGGCCGACCGCGCCGCCUUCCAGAUAAUGAUCUACGGGGAAUUGUUCGGGCGGAGCAUGGAUGCGUUUUUGGAGCCGGAGAAAGACUUACCGUUUUUUGAUGUGGCGACGAGAAUUGACUAUUUCACGUACUGUUUGCCGGACUGGGUUUGUAAGAGUUAUCCUGGAUUUGAACGGUUGGAUACGGGUCCUUAUGCGGCGGGUUUGGAGAGGCCCGAGGAGGGGGAUCAGGUUGCUAUGCAUCAUAUUUUGCGGUCGGGGAGGUGGAGACGGAUGUGGGCUGCGGGCAUAAGGGUGGCUUUGGGGGAGGGGAGUGUGUUUAGUGACGAGGAGGUGGAGGAGGAGGGUUGGAGGAAGAAGCUGUUACGGGAUGCGGUGCAGAGUCAGGGGCUUGAGGGGAUGCAGCUUGUUACGGUGCCGCUGGAGAAGAUGGAUAUAGCGUAUGUGCAGAGGGUGAGGUGGAUGAAGGAGCAGAUUGAUAAGUUGGAUGGGCCUCCAGCGGUCGAGAGACUGGGUAAGGGCGUGCUCACUGAGGUGUCUUUUGCUCCGGAUCCUUCGAACGAGGUUGAGAUACCUUGUCGAGAUAUGUGGGGGCCUUGGGUGUGAGGUUUGUGGGUGUAAGAGAUGCCCAUGGUCUUGGUGCACGCCACUCUUAGUAUAUGAAGGUACAGUACAGAGUACAUCACGUAUUGCUGAGGCAAGGAUACUAUUGUGGACCAUGGAGCAACUUGCAAAUGCCUUUCAACAACCAUUUAGCACUGUAUAUUCAGGAAUAAUGUAUAAUAUUCUACAAAAGUCCUCACUAAACGGUACAUCCUAUGCCAAAAGCCGUAAACUCUUCUUAGCUCUCGUACAGUCCCCCUGCAGGCGUUUCCCAAAGUGGGAAUCAGGAAUACAAGAUUGUCA